CGUAUCUUUGUCUCUUUCUGAUCUGAUGAGUUCGAUCGCCGUGCCUCCUGUUCAUACAACUUUCGUGUAUAUCAAUCAUUUUUUGUUCCGAAAUUGUUGCAUUGCAUUCAUGUUCUGUUCUUUAUCGCGUUGGAAAAUAAUAAUAAUAAUAAUCAUGUUUCCGACUUUGGAUGUUCUUUAUUAAUGCUAAUAAUCCUAAGCAGACAAGAAAAGGAAAACAAUAGGAUCUUCAAAAUUAAAUUUCCCAUUCAGAAUUGGCAAAUCUUAUAUAUUCAUUCAUUCUCUGCCAUUUUUGGUGUGGCUAUCGAUAGUAGUAACAAUUGUGAGACGACGGUGAUUUAGAUCAUAUAUAUAUAAAUUCAGACUGGAUUUAUGAAACAAGGAUGACCAAUACUUCUAGUACUAUGGUACAAUCUACCCCAGGUAGCUCAGGGUAUUUGGAUUUGUAUCCUGAACGCAAAAUGUCUUUUUUUAAGAAUCCUUAUAUCCUCGGUCUCGCUGCUGUCGCUGGUAUUGGUGGCUUGCUUUUUGGCUACGACACAGGUGUGAUAUCAGGAGCUCUUCUAUAUAUAAAAGAUGAUUUUGAAUCCGUUAGAGAAAGUAACAUUCUGCAGGAAACAAUAGUCAGCAUGGCAAUAGCUGGUGCAAUAGUUGGAGCAGCAAUAGGUGGUUGGAUUAACGAUGCUUACGGACGAAAGAAGGCAACUCUCAUCGCGGAUGUCAUCUUCAUUAUUGGAGCAAUUGGUAUGGCUGCCGCGCCUGAUCCUUACAUUCUCAUAAUCGGACGCCUUCUUGUUGGUUUAGGUGUCGGCAUUGCCUCUGUCACCGCUCCCGUCUACAUUGCCGAAGCAUCACCUUCCGAAAUCAGAGGUUCAUUAGUCAGUACUAAUUCCCUCAUGAUCACCAGUGGACAACUCCUUUCCUACAUAGUUAACCUCGCCUUUACGCGUGUCCCUGGUACUUGGCGUUGGAUGUUGGGUGUUUCAGCUGUCCCUGCACUUGUUCAAUUCAUUCUCAUGCUUUUCCUCCCUGAAUCACCAAGAUGGCUUUUUAUGAAGAAUAGAAAGAAUGAAGCUGUUGAUGUCAUUUCCAACAUCUAUGACUUGGCUCGUCUUGAAGACGAAGUUGAUUUUCUAACAGCUGAGGCAGAACAAGACAGACAGAAAAAUAUGAAUGUCAAAUUUAAAGAUGUUUUUAAAUCUAAAGAAAUCAGACUAGCAUUCAUGGUUGGAGCAGGAUUGAUGGUGUUCCAACAGUUUACUGGCAUUAACACAGUGAUGUACUACAGUCCAACCAUUGUUCAAAUGGCUGGAUUUCAAUCUAAAGAGUUGGCUCUUCAAAUCUCACUCUUUGUUGCUGCAAUGAAUGCUGUCGGAACUGUUCUUGGUAUUUACCUCAUUGAUCAUGCAGGGAGGAAGAUAUUAGCUCUUUGUAGCUUAGGAGGAGUGUUUACAUCUUUGGUUCUCUUGUCUGUGGCAUUCUCAAAUCAAACCUCGGCAGCAGCAUCAAAUGCUACCGGAUGGCUUGCAGUUUUGGGUUUGAUACUGUAUAUAGCUUUUUUCUCCCCUGGGAUGGGACCAGUGCCGUGGGCAAUGAACUCAGAGAUAUAUCCUAAAGAAUAUAGAGGAAUUUGUGGUGGUAUGUCAGCUACUGUGUGUUGGGUUUCCAAUCUCAUUGUGUCUCAGACAUUUCUUUCUGUUGCUGAAGCUUUAGGGACUGGUCCUACUUUCUUGAUUCUUGCUGUAAUAACCGUGCUUGCCUUUUUAUUUGUGCUUCUCUAUGUUCCGGAGACUAAAGGAUUGACCUUUGACGAGGUUGAACUAAUAUGGAAAGAGAGAGCUUGGGGCGGCACCAACAUUAACAACAACUCUGACUCGCGAAACCUUCUUGGGACGGACAAUGAUCAAUAA